GAGAAGUUACGAUCGAGUUGCGACCUUUCAGACAGACAAGCGGAGAGCUCGAGGUCAAGAGCCGCUCAUUGACUUUACAGCGAGACACUUGUUUAUUUUUUGUGGGGCAGCAUUCAAGAUGAACGGGGUGACGAGAAGUUUGUGCACCUUCGAGGACGUGAGGAAUCAGGAAUAUGUGGAGGGCUGUAGGCGGCUGCGACUCACGCUCCACGACCAGAGCGAGGCGGCUCGGAGCACGGAGCAGCACCGGGAUAAGCCAGUCGGGCGAGCUUUUGCCGUGGUGCAGCCAGCCAGCGAGCGGCCGGUUCUGAGCGCAGAACCUGUAAAGUCUACAGAGGAGCAGGUGGAGAUCAUCAAGGUGUAUCUGGAGGCUCGGAGACAGGGGCAGCACAAGCAGCAGCAGAACCUGAAGAUGCUGUCAGACGAAGUCUCACAGAUACAGGAGGUGAGGUAUUGCCUGAAAACCCUGAGGGAGCAGAUGGCAGCUAAAAGCAAGCCGCACACAAACGGGUGGAAGGUCGGCAUUCCCUUCAGAAAGAGCGCCGUCCCCAAAGAAACAGCCAGAGCUAACUCACAGGAUGCAGACGAAGAAGCAGAGAGGGACAAGCUGAGAGAGGUCAGCAAGCGCCUGUACGCUCAGCUGCAGGACGCAGAGAAGAAACACCUGGAGGAGAAGGAGAGACUCCAGGCUGAGGGCAACCAGCUUAGGGAGCGUCUGAGCGAGCAGGAGAAGAAGUUGAGGAGUGAAGAGGAAGCGAGCAGAGAGAAGGACCUGCGCAUCGAAGAGCUCCAGAGGCUUCUGGGAGGAAUGGAGCAGGAGAGCGCCACCCUCAGGGAGGAAUUCCAGCGCCGCGAGAACGAACUGAAGGAGCUGCGGAAGAUCAGGGAAGACGGCCAGAAAGGAGAGCAAAGGUCUGAACAGUUGGAGAAAGAGGUUGCUGUUCUCAAAGAAAAGAUCCACCAUCUGGAUGAUAUGCUGAAAAGCCAACAGAGGAAAGUCCGACACAUGAUUGAACAGCUCCAGAACUCGCGCAUGGUGCUCCAGGAGCGGGACCGCGUCAUCAAGGACUUGGAGGAGAAAGUGGCGUUUUUGGAAGCUGAGAAUCGAGAAAUGCACGACCAAGUGGACUACUUUCUGGGAGGACAAAGGUCAAAUUCCUACCUUUCAUCGGAGCGCAACCCCCAGAUUGUUUACAGUAAGCCACUGAAGCCGUCCACUUCAUCCAACAAGCCGCUCCCUUUCAUCAAAGUCAUCGAGAUCAAAUCGUGAAGCGACUGAAGAAAGGAGGAGGACUGGCGAGCGCUUACACACCAUCGACUGCAGAAUUUAGACAGCAGCUCUGCUAACAACAGACUGAACUAUGUAGAAAGAGCUGAGCCUUCCCACGCUGCAGCUACAAAUUCACUAACUUUUCAUUUUCUAGUGACCUCCUUUCCUUGCUCUGGUUUGAUGACCUGUUUGCCGUUUAUGACGUGAAAACUGCACCGUGUUGACAGCACACGACAUCUUUAUCGUUUUACAAGUUAUCAUAAAGUAAUGUAGCAUUAAUGUAAUGAAGGUGAUGUGGUGUCAUAACAAAAAUAUGCUAACUUGUUCUAAAUUUUGUGUUUAAUAGUCACUCACCCAUGACUGCACUUGUUGUGCCUAUGAUAUUAUGCUUUGGCUAAACUAUUUGGAGUUUUUCUUUAAUUAUUAGUAAAUGAUGUAACAAAAAAAGCACUUUAGACACUCAAAGCAAAUAUAUCCCAAUUGUGUUUUAGCCUCCUCACUAUCCCUACUCUCCUGCAUUUCAGUUCCCCAUCAUUUUGCUUUUGUACAGAUAUUUCGUCGAUUGUUUUAAUUUUUUAACAUCUUUGUGUUUUAUUUAUUUAUUUUAAUAACCUGUCAGCUGUUUGAUAGAGACCCUUUUGUAUAAAGUCUAAUCUUGAAUGCGUGUUUGUGCUUUUCUGAAUAAAAGUCUUUGAAUUCACAAGGAUUUGUUUGAGACCCUAACUGAUGCAAGUAUUCAUCAGACCACUUCUCCUCCAUAACUGCUUUAGUUUAACAUUUACUGGAAAGUAAAAACAUUGGAAAUAUCAGUUGUCAAGAAGUUAAAAGCUUGAAAAUGGGGACCUCUACUGGCCACAACUGGUACUGCAACAAGUGUAUCACGAGCAACAGGUCAGUGUCGCUCAAACCAUUACGUUAUAUUUUUAGAAGAUAUAUAGUAUUAAUAAGUUGAAUCAUUUUUCACGACUGAAAAAGUACCAAAAAGCAUAUUAAGUAGAUUCUUUAUUAUACUGAUCAGGUUGCAUAAGAACACUAUAGGCAGUUUUUGUGAAGGCAGCAGCUUUUGCUUAUACUUUGACAUGGCAAUUCGAACAGUAAAAGCACCAAAAAAAAUUGCAAAAUUUCCGAUAUGAAAGUCUCAAACAUGAGCAAUAAAGUACGGUACCCUAAAAAAAAAA